CCGACUCUCUCCGCUGGGAGCCUUUAAAUGGACAGUAACCGGAGCUGCUCGCUGUGACCCACCGGCCGCCCCGAACCGAACCAGAGGAUGGAUGGGAACUCGCCACCGGCUGCUGCCUGGUCCGUCGUCCUGCUGUGCGCCGCGUUCUCCUCCUGCGCUGCCUUCCUGGAGCCCUACGACCUCCUGUAUGACAACGCGGUCCAAGCCUUCUACAGCAGCGACUAUGACAGCGUGGUGCGCUUCAUGGAGGCGGCGCUCAGCAGCCACAGCGAGGUCCGGCGCACCAAGGUCCGGUGCCGGCUGAGGUGCCAGGACCAGGAGCCGUUUGAUGAAACCUUCUCGGACCUGCGCUUCUUCGACGCGGUGCUGCGCAGAGCGGCGUGCAUGGACAGAUGCAUCGAGGAGAAGCUCGGCGCGCAGUCGGUGCACAAAGUCAGCGAGGAUGUGGUUCAGGACUUCAACAGGAGGAUCCCGUACAACUACCUGCAGCUGGCUUAUCAGAAGUUAAAUCAGCCCGACAAGGCGGCGGCGGCGGCUCACACCUACUUCCAGGCCAAUCCAGAACACGUGGAGAUGGGUCAGGACCUGGAGCAGUACAAAGACCUGCAGGGCGUCCAGGAAGAGCACUUUGUGGAUCGAGAAGCUCGGCCUCACCAGCGCUCCUUCACGGCGGCGGUGAGGCUCUACGAUAAAGGCGAUUACGAAGAGGCCCUCGCUCUGUUCGAGGAAGCGCUGGUGGAAUAUUACAGGGCGGACGUGGACUGUCGGGCCCUUUGUCAGGGGCCGCAGAGGUUCGAGGGCCACGAUCACCUCCGCUACCGUUACAGCCUCCACGAACUCGUAUCAGACCACUUCACUCAGGUGCUGCACUGUGAACACGAGUGCGUCCGAGACCUGGCGACUCGACCGGGUCGCCUCUCGCCGAUGGAGAACUACCUGCCGCUGCACUACGACUACCUGCAGUUCGCCUACUUCAAGCUGGACCGGCUGGAGGAGGCUCUGCAGUGCGCUCUCACCUACCUGCUGUUCCACGACGGAGAAGAGUUCAUGACGGACAACGUGGACUUCUACAGAGAGGUUCUGGGACGCGACGGAGAGUCGAGAAAGGAGGCUGCCUGGUACUUGAGGAGGCACCGACAAGAGCUGGAGCUGCUCCUGAUCGGCAGCAGGGUCAUGGGCGUGGAUUUCACCGAAGGGAAUUACUGGAGCAGCACAGGUGGAAGAGACGACUCACACAGGAUUCCCUCCGGCACAGACGGCUGGAUGGAGUACGUUCCCAUCUCAGAGAAGAAGAACGUCACCGUCGUUGCUCCGCAGCAGCUCAAAGAAGGUGGCCCGCUGGUGUAUGACAGUGUGCAGCUGGUGCAGAACUCGGUGGCCUUGAACGGGACUCAGCGAGUGCUGCUGGAUCGAGUCAUAUCGGAAGACGAGUGUGAAGAGCUGCGACACCUGGCACAUGCCGUCACUAUGGCAGGAGACGGCUACAGAGGGCGGACGUCUCCACACACGCCUAACGAGAAGUUUGAAGGAGCCACUGUGCUCAAAACGCUGCAGUACGGGUUCGAGGGCAGAGUCCCGAUGAGAAGCGCUCGGCUCUUCUACGAGACCAGCGAACGGGCCAGACGGAUCAUCGAGUCUUAUUUCAUGUUGAACUCCACUCUGCAUUUCUCCUACACACACCUGGUGUGUCGAACAGCCAUCACAGGCCAGCAGGACCACAGGAAUGACCUGAGCCAUCCCAUCCACGCCGACAACUGUCUGCUGGACCCGGACGCCAACGAGUGCUGGAAGGAGCCUCCAGCUUAUACGUACAGAGACUACAGUGCACUGUUAUAUCUAAAUGGAGAUUUUGAAGGAGGGGAGUUCAUAUUCACAGAAAUGGAUGCCAAAACCGUGACGGCGUCGGUGAAGCCCAGAUGUGGCAGGAUGGUGGGUUUCUCGUCAGGAGGAGAGAAUCCACACGGUGUGAAGGCCGUCACCAGCGGCCAGAGAUGUGCCGUGGCGCUCUGGUUCACGCUGGACCCGUUGUUCAGAGAGCUGGAGCGGCUGCAGGCCGACGAGGUGAUCCAGGCUCUGGACACUCAGUCGGUGUGGGGUCAAGGCCUCAGCAUCAACCCUAAAGACGAACUGUAGGAGCAGAAAAGAUCGACGAAACCCUUCUGCACCGAUCAGACGCAACUUUAAAACCACGGAAUCAGUUUCACACCGUGUGGACGGCCGAGCUGAAGACAAAGCUCCAGCUUAAGUCCUGCAUUCACGUGGAUGUUGUUUUGACUUUUCCCAUCCACCUGAACACGGUGGCAGCCUCCACCUACAGGACCGAGCAUCCCGCUGCACUCUUCAGGAAAGGCUCGAGGAACAAGACCAAGAGACGAUGACCAGGAAUCCAAACUGCGAUCGAGCACGUUUGGGAUGUGAAACUACAGAACUCCUACAGAAGCAGGUGGUUUUAAUGUUGUGGCUGAUCCGUGCGUAUAUUUUAACUAUUUAUUGAAUCACCUUUGGAUCAGAACAUUUCUAUUUUUGUACUGUUUGAAGUGCAAGAUUGAUGAUAUUGUCAUUUUUUUUGUGUGUUUUUGUCUUCAGUUCUUUGUUUUUCCAUCCAGUCACAUGCUUUCAGUCCAGACAAAGUUAAUUUACUCUCGACUGACCUGUAAUCUCACUGAACUGUGAAGCUGAUAUUUCACUGCUUUGGAUUUUCUUUGAGAAAAAAUUCCAAAAAAACAAAACAGAAACGUGUUUUCAGUGGUUUCAAAUAAUAUUAAACUCCGUCGUCACACGCGGUACUGUUAAAUAUGCUAUCACUAACAACAAUAUGCUAUUCCAGUUUAACUUCUGUGCCAGUAAUAAUGAUUUUCAGAGUAGGCAGCGCACUGUUUUUUCUCAUUUGGGCGACUAAGUCUGGAAAAGCACUCGUCUGAAGAGUCUAUGCUGAAUAUUUGAUUCUGUCUUUGUGUGUGUGUGUCGAGUCUGAAACUGAACUCGCCUUGUUGUUGUUGUUGUUAUUGUUGUAAUAAUCAGAUUUACAUGUUCACUGAGGCGAGGACAUGGUGAGUUUAUGCUUUUAUUUAUGUGUUUUAUUAAUUAGACAGCUGCUGUCUGCAUUCAAUAUGAGGAACUUGUUUUUUUUUCAUAAAAGAUGCCAAUCGUUCCUGUUUCAAGGAAUACGUGUAUUUGUACGAUCUUUUAUUUUUCUCUACAUAUUUGUGUUGUGAUGAUACAGAUGAUGAGUCGUGCACUGUAAAUCCAAAAGAAAUUAAAAAAAAAAAAAACCCAAGAGAGGAAAGAUUCAAAACGCCGACCGGAAACCUAAUCCUGUUGUUUUCAUGAAGGUCGGCCAUUUUUGUUUCACUGAUAUUUAAUAAUGAAAUGCUGUAGCACACGGAAAUAUAUGUUUACAUGCCUAUAAAUUAAAAAAUAUAAUAUUCUGUAUCUAUA